AUAUAUUAUAUUUGAUAAUUUACUGUAUUAUCUUCACCAUCCCCUUAAAUAACUUAACACGGAAACAGACACAAUGUGGUCUCAUUGAGCACAGCUGAAACAUCACCUCCUUUGUGGAGCUAAUAAAGACACAGAUAAUAAAGAGACAAAUAACACAGAUGCAUCAGAAACAACAAUCCAACUCCUGAACAGCACUCAAUAAUAAUCAAUAACUUGCUUUGGAUUCAAUCAGUGGAUGUUUAUCUGGCGUCGAUCAAUGAGUGAUCACAUGAGGACUGAGGCAACUUUUGCCCCGGUGCAUGCUGGGUAAGAGGUGCUCUGGUAGAGGCAGAGAGGCGUGCGCACACACAGAGACCAGCCGAUAAACCUGAAGGGCCCCCCAGGUAAAGCUCCGCCUUGUCCCCACCGUGUCAGAUGAUGGAGUCCUGCACCCUGACCACUCACGUGAUGAACAGCGUGGACGGCGUACCGGCAGCCCGCGUGGCGCUCAGCCUGCACCGGCUGGAGCCCCCGCUGAUGGUCUGGAGCCUGCUGAGCCUGGGGACCACGGAUGAAGAUGGACGCUGCUCAGGACUCGCUGCCCGCGAGGAGUUGGGCCCUGGAACUUACAAGCUGCGCUUUGAGACGGGCUCCUACUGGGAGAGCCGCGGCCAGACAUCCUUACACCCCUACGUGGAGGUUGUGUUUUCCAUCAGUGACCAUCAUCAGAGGAUCCACCUCCCACUGCUGAUGACUCGGUUCUCCUACAGCAUCUACACAGGAAGCUGAGGGAAGUUAUGUCCUUCAUUUGAGACUAUUUUAAUAGUUUUUCAGAAUGUACCCUCUGUAUACUUUGUAUUCAUACAAAUAUUGUAUACAGCUGUAGGCUGAAAUCGUUGGUUGAUUCUAAAUUUAAAUUGUUCAUUUCGUAUUAGUACGAUUUUUAAAAGAUUUUAAGAUUUUUCAGGGCAAAAAAUUGCUGAAUUUGUUUCAGCUGUUUCAUUGUCUUUGAUAAUGAAUUAAAAAUCUAUGUAAUAUGAGUUUAUUUUGAGGCAUUUUGAUUGAUGUUUUUAACUAUAAAACUUACCGUUACCGUUUGUACCGUGCAUUUCAUAGUUUUGAGUUAGAAUUAAGAAUAACUUGCAUUAAAUAAAAAAUAAUUGUAAAUUGCAGGUUGCACAGAAAAAUAUUAAUAAAACAGUUGAAGUGUGA